AUGAAUACAAAUUUUAGUAAUGAAUUACAACAAUUACAAAUGGAGCUUCGUGCUCAAAAUUUUGAUAUUAUUCGAUUUUCUACAUACCGAACAGCAUGUAAAUUACGUUUCAUUCAAAAGAAACUUAACUUUCAUCUUCUUGAUUUAUUAAAUGUAGCUGAAUCACUUCGAGAAUCUCUGAAAAGUUUAUCUUCUGAAACAACUCCAAAUCAUUUUAUAUCAAAUCAAUCAUGUCUAUUAAAUAAUAAUAAAUUUCUUUCAAUAAAUCAUUUAACUAUAUUUCUUACAUCAAUCUAUACAAAUUUAAAUAAACGUUUACCAUUAUCUCAACAAAUAUUGCAUAUAGAUAAAUCAGUACAGUCCGCUAUAGCAUGGUUUUUAUAUGUUUAUAAUAUUAAUAAUGUUUCCAUACGUUUUAAUUCCUUUCGUGUUGUACUUAUACUCUUAUGUACCGGUAAAUUAGUAGAUAAAUUACGUCAUUUAUUUACAUCUUAUUUUUCUACAUCAUUGUCAAAUACAUUAACACAUGGACAGAUAGAUGAACUUUUACAUGAAAUUCUUGCAUUACCAUACGCUUUAAAAGAAAUUUCACAUUCCACAUAUUGUAAAAAUUAUUCGCAAUCAAUAUUUUCACAAUCAUCAUCGUCGAUUACUCUUAAUGAUUUUCUCGAUAUAUUAGUUUAUAAUGAUAAAACACCUAAUUGUUUACAAUGGCUUAUUGUAUUUCACCGUUUAAUAAGUGUUGAAAAUGUUAUUCAUCGAGUAAAAUGUUCAGCAUGUCAACGCCCAUCAUUUUCUGGUUUUCGUUAUAAAUGUCAACAAUGUCAUAAUCGAACAUAUCAAUUAUGUCAAGAUUGUUUUUGGCGUGGAAGAACUUCAAAUCAACAUUUAUCAACACAUGAAAUGAAGGAAUAUACAUAUUUUACAUCACCUAAUAAAGAUUUUCGACAGUCAAUUCGAAAAUCUCUUCAAUGUAUGCCAAAGAAUGAAAAACGUAAUCAAUUAUUAAGUCCAUUAACAGUUGAUAAAGAACAACAAUCAACAGAACAUACAGAUAUAUCUUUAUAUACAAAAAGACUUGCAUCAUUUACUGAAAAUGAAAAUAGUACAAAUACCAAAUAUUGUUCUCGAAAGAAAUAUAACGAUAAUCAAAAUGCAGAGAAAAAACUUCUUAUAUCAAAACUUGAAGCAGAAAAUAGACGAAUUCUUCAUGAAAUCAAUACAUUACGUGCACAACUUAAAUUUCGAUCUCUUGAUUAUCUUAAUAGUAAUGAUUAUGAUACAGAUAAUUUUUCUACAAUAGAACAACAAUAUUCUCAAACAUUACCUAAUCGAAAAUCGAAUAUUCAACAUGAUUGUUCAUCGUAUCCAUCAAAUUAUGAUAAUAAAUUAAGACGUGCUGGUUCAGUUGAAACAACUAAUAAAAAUUGUUAUAUCGAAGAUGAAUUAAGAAAAUUAUUAGCACGUAAAUAUCAUUUAGAGUCUCGUAUUGAUCAGUUACAACAAAGUCGAGAAGAAUUAACAACACAAUUAGAUAAUCUUGGAAGAAUUCUACAUGAUUCUACACAUUUACGACAGCGAUCCGCAACAUCCAGUCCAUAUACUCGCUCAUGUGUAUCACCAUCACGUAUAAAUACUCAAGUAAUCAAUUCAAAGAAUAUUUCAAAUCGAAGUUAUUCAACACCAACAACACCUAUUCAUAAUCAAUUCAUGAAUUAUUUACAUACUGAUCUUCUUCUAGCAGCUGAUUCUUUAACUUCAGCUUUAUCAACACUUGUUCAACAUUUAAAUACAAAAAAUACUGAACCAAAUCAAACAACAACAGCAACAGUUCAAACUCUAAAUGAAGACAAUUCAUAUUCUUACGAAAAUGGUAAUCCGGCUAAUACUGAUGAUUACCUUUUAGCAACAACAGAUAAUGAUAAUAAAAUAUUUAAUUCCACAUCAAUAAAUAAAAAUGUAUGA